AAAAACAACAAGGAAUAGAAAAUUUAAAAUUUUCCUUAUUUUUCUUACAAUUAGUGAUAAAUCAAUAGUUGACUCGCGAUCUUAAAUAAAUAAUCAUCAAAAUAAUAUUAUAAAAUAUUUAAAUCAACUUUUUUAAAAUGUCAAAUCAAUUAAUUGUAUUAUUACUUUAUUUGAUAACAGCACCUGUUUUAAAUUCAGAACCAUUGGUACAAAUAUCACAAGGAAUACUUAGUGGUAUAAUAGAAAAAUCUAGAAAUGGGAGAAAUUAUUCCGCUUUUCUUGGUAUUCCAUAUGGAAAACCUCCAGUUGGGGAUUUAAGAUUCAAAAAUCCUCUACCAGCAAAUAAAUGGAAUGGAAUACGUGAAGCCAAAUCUUUUGGAAAUGAAUGUAUUCACACCUUAUUUGGAAUAGCGACAUUUGGAAAAGAAGAUUGUCUAUUUUUAAAUGUUUAUUCACCGUUUCUUGAAUUUCAAGAAAAAAUGAAAAUAAAUGAUACUUUAUUACCAGUUAUGGUAUUUAUUCAUGGAGGUAUUUUCUUUUUUGGAGGAAGCAAUAAUUACAAUGCAACUUAUUUUUUGGACAAAGAUAUAAUUUUCGUAACUCUCAAUUAUCGACAAGGAAUUUUUGGAUUUCUAUCAACUGCUGAUUCUGUAGCGCCAGGCAAUUUUGGACUAAAAGAUCAAGUUUUAGCAUUAAAAUGGAUUCAAGAAAAUAUUCAAGCAUUUGGUGGUGAUAAAAAUCGAGUGACACUAUUUGGUAUAAGUUCUGGAAGUGUUUGUGUUCAUUUUCAUACACUUUCCAAAGCAAGCGAUGAUCUCUUUCAUCAAUAUAUUUUACAUAGUGGUACUGCAUUAAGUUCCUGGGCGUAUCGAGAUAGAAAUGAAAUUUUAAAAACCGUUAAAAAAAUUGCUAAAUUUGCCUCAUGUCCAACAGAAUCUACUGAAAGUCUAAUGAAUUGUUUACGAAAAACGGAUGCACAAAAUUUACUAUUUUUAAGUAAUAUAGUUGGAUUGAUUGUGCGAAAUGCAGAACUUGCUUGGGUACCAACAAACGAACUUAACAAUGAGGAUGCAUUUUUAACCGAUAAUCCAGAAAAUUUAAUGGACCAAAUGAAAGAUAUGCCUUUUAUUAGUGGCGUUGCCGAAAACGAGGCACUCUUUUUUACAAAUUAUUUUUACACAAUCAAACCUCUGCAUAAUAUUCUAAAAAAAUUUAUGAAAAAAUUAUUUAUCGAUGAUGCUAUUUAUAUUAGAAAUGCUAAAAAAAGCUUUCCAGAAAAUUUAUAUCAAUUUUAUUUUAAUAACUCAAAACAUUUGACCGAGAAACGAAAGGAUUUAGACAUCUAUACAGACAUACUUUCAGACGGUCUUUUUAUAUAUCCAGAAAUAAGAAUGUUGGAUCAAAUUACACCAAAAAUGGAAAAUCCAACCUAUUUUUUUAAUUAUGGAUAUCGUGGUGAUGUUCCGAAUUUUUCUAGUUCAAUUUCUAAAAUUAAUUUAGGUGUUGGUCAUGGCAGUGAAUUGAUAUAUUUAUUUCCUUAUACAUAUUUUAUAUUAAAAAGAACAGAUGCAGAUUUUUCCAAUACUGAUAGAAAUAUAAGUAAAUUAUUUAUUGAUCUAUGGACCUCGUUCGCUGCUAAUGGUGUACCAACGUCUGAAUUUUUGAAUCCACCUGAUUUAUGGAAACCAUAUAAUACUAAAAACAAUCACUUUCUUCAAAUUGGUGAUGAAAACGACAAUAUGAACCCAUUGGUAAAACUAUCAAACAACUUUUCAACGGAAAGAAUGAAUUUCUGGAGAGAUAAUUUUAAGCAAAAAAAAACCAAAACAAAAAGUUUGUUUUCGAAAAAAAUACUUCCUCAAAAAAUGGCUAAACAGCUAAUUAGAUUAUUGCUUUAUUUGAUAAGCACGCAAAUGUUAAAUUCAGAACAAUUAGUACAAACAUCACAAGGAAUACUUCGAGGAAAAAUAGAAGAGUCCAGAAAUGGGAGAAAUUAUUCCGCAUUUCUUGGCAUACCUUAUGGAAAACCACCAGUCGGAGAUUUAAGGUUUAGAAAUCCUAUACCAGCAGAUAAAUGGAAGGGAAUACGACAAGCAACAUUUUUAGGCAACACAUGUAUACACACCUUAUUUGGAAUACCAUUUGGAAAAGAAGAUUGUUUAUUCUUAAACGUCUAUACUCCAUUUCUUAAAUUUCAAGAAACUAUGAAUAUAAAUACAUCGAAUGUCAAUUUAUUACCAGUGAUGGUAUAUAUUCAUGGUGGUUUCUUCUUUUUUGGAUCUGGCAAUAGUUACAAAGCCAAUUACAUUUUGGACAAGGAUAUUAUUUUUGUAACAAUUAAUUAUAGAUUGGGAAUUUUUGGAUUUUUAUCAACUUCUGAUUCUGUAGCGCCAGGAAAUUUUGGACUAAAAGAUCAAGUUUUAGCAUUAAAAUGGGUUCAAAAAAAUAUUCAAGCCUUUGGUGGUGAUCCAAAUCGAGUGACACUUUUUGGUUUAAGUUCUGGAAGUGCUUGUGUUCAUUUUCAUACACUUUCCAAAGCAAGCAAUGGUCUUUUUCAUCAAUAUAUUAUGCAAAGUGGUACAGCAACAGCUGGUUGGGCCUAUCGAGAAAGUAGUGAGAUUUUGAAAACUGUAAAAAAAAUCGCUAUAUUUAGCAUGUGUCCAAUAAGAACGACAAAAAGUCUCAUAAAUUGUUUGCGUAAAAAAAAUGCACAAAAUUUGCUAUUUUUAAGUAAUCUAGUUGGAUUGGUAAUUCGAAUUGUAGAAGCAGCUUGGGUACCAACAAAUGAACCUGAUCAUGUGGAUGCAUUUUUAACAGAUAAUCCACAAAAUUUAAUGAAUCAAAUGAAAGAUUUGCCAUUUAUUAGCGGCGUUGCCGGUAAUGAGGGAUCAUUAAUUACAAAUGUAUUCUAUACAAUCGAUCCUCUCUACAAAAUUUUAAGGAAAUUUAUGAAGAAAUUAUUUAUCGACGAUGCUUUUUAUAUUCGAAAUGCUAAAAAAAAUUUCCCAGCUAAUUUAGAUAAAUUUUAUUUUAAUAACUCACAUAAAUUUAUCAAAAAGCAACAGGACUUAGAUACCUAUACGAAUAUUCUAUCCGAUAGUCUUUUUCAAUAUCCAGCAAUGAGGAUUUUGGAUCAAAUUGCACCUAAUAUGACAAAUCCAAACUAUUUUUAUCAUUUUAUCUAUCGUGGGGAAAUCUCUGUUCUUUCAAAUUUAUUAUCAAAGGAAAAUUUUGGCGCUGGUCAUGCUGGUGAUUUGAUAUAUUUAUUUCCAUUGAUGUAUUUUAUAAUCAACAGAACAGAUGCACAUUUUACUGAUAAUGAUAGAAUUAUAAGUAAAUUAAUGGUUGACUUGUGGACGUCAUUUGCAACUAACGGACAACCGACAUCUGAAUAUUUGGAUCCGCCAAAUUUAUGGAAACCAUACAAUACAGAAAAUAAUCCCUAUUUUCAAUUUGGAGAUGAAAACGACAAUAUGAAGCCUUCGGUAAAAUUAUCAAGUAACUUUUUAAAAAAAAGAAUGGAUUUUUGGCGAGAAAAUUUUCCACUAUAACUAAUAUAAUUGUAUAUCAUAGUACACAAUUAAUUGUAAAAAAUUAAUUGUAAAAUUAAUUAAUUUCAAUAGAAUCUUUAAAUUUAAAUAAGUUUUUUAAAUUAUACUUGGCGAUUUUUCUUUAAAACAUCAACAAUGCGUCGCGGGGAUU